AUGCUUCCGUCUCUCAACCUCAGCUCGUCUAGCCUAGACCAGUUUCGCAAAAACAUCUAUCGACCUCGACUCUGCCUGCUACUGCUGCUCAUCCUCCUCAGCCCCUACAACAAGAGCCAGCUCACAUCGUCUUCCGACACCACCGAGGUCAGCGUCAGUGAGCCUGCUCAGUCUGGCUGGGCAGUCAGCAUCAUCGACGGUCUCGUCGUAGCAGCCGCGCCUUCCGCAUCCUCUUCCGCUCUGCCAAAGCCAAGCGCAAAGUCGAAGAAGGCUUCGCAAAGUAAGCAAGUUGGCCCCUCUUCCGCGCCAUCACCUCCCAAUGCCAAGAAAGGCAGCUCAAGCGCUGAAGAUUCUUCAGCACAGCAGGGUCAACCACCGCCUGGCUCCUUGUUCCGCUUCCCCAAACUCAGCUGGGCAUUACUGGUCGACGAGCAUGUGCUGCCUGCGAUGCUUCCACUGCAUCUGCUAUGGGCAAUACGUCUCGCAGGCAUGGCAGUAGAAGAUGGGCUGGUCAAGUCGUCGUUGCUUGGGUCGAAAUCUCGCUUCUACUCGGUGACCCUUCCGCUCAUCUACCUGAGCAUCCUCGGCAUCCUAGCCGUUCUGGUCGGGCAACCUGGGACCGUAGCCGCCAUCACCUCGCGUUGUUACGACUGGAGGUCCAAGCUCGGAUACGAAUCGCUGUCCGCAGCGCCCGCAGAGAGAGUUCGAGGCUCCAUCUUCAAGUCGGACGGCUUGCUUCCGUUGUCAUUUUUUGUGACGCUAGAGAUGGCCUCGACAUUGAUCCAUUUGCUCUGCAUCCUGCCUAAGGUCGACGCCACUUCUAUCGCCAGCAUUCUGCCGAUGCAGCUUCAGCUUCCGUCCCCCUCGCAUUUGCCGCCCAUCGUCGAAAUGCUGCCAAUUCCUUCUUUCGUCAAGGCAGCAUUGACACAGCCAGUGACCAGCACGCAUACGGCCAGAUAUGCGAGGAACCGCAGACCGUUCAUGCCUUCUCUCAACCCUACUGCCGCAACAGGACCUGCCGACAUCAGCAGCAAUGAUCAGCAGCCUCGACAGGACAGCGAUGCUACAGCAACCGCCACCGCCGUUGAGCCCACCAAUGCCUCUCCGCAGCUCAACCGUCCUGAGACGAAUGAUGAUGCCCUUCCACAGCAGGUGUACCGUCGCAUCGGUGCGCCAGAGAACGAAGUGCUGCGAUCAACAAGCGUGGCACGACCCAUUGCGCCAUUGCGGCUUCCGGAGAACGAUGCCGACUCUGCGCAGACAGCAACGUCGCCCUCAGCCUCAGGAAGACGGCGGGCGCCUCGCAUGCGUGGGCAGUCUGUCCUCGUGUCCACCAAAUGGAUUUCCGAAACGGCAACGUCGCUCUUCGACAAGAUCAUCGGCACACUGAUCUACUCGAUUAUCACAUUGCGGCUGCCGACCCUCUCGCCGACGUCGCUACCACCUGUCCUCUCGCUGCUCAGUCUCCGAUCUGAACUGGCCUCGAUGACGCAGAUCUGGUCGAGGGCGCGCAGCUCGGUCGAAUGUCUCGAGUUCGUGCGCCGGCGUUGGGGUGUGCAGCUCGAUCAAAGUAAAGAUCCGUACACUUCUGUGACGAGACCACGGGCGGCUGCAGCGGCGGGAGACUACCAGUGGAAGUCGUACGACGAUGUCUACUGCGCCAUCUGCUUUGAGCAGACCCGAUCGGCUGCUGCAGCAGGGGGAGCAAACGACAAGGAUGACGAGAAAGCCAGCGAUGCUAAGAAGGAGGAGACGCAGAAGUUCGAAUUCUGCCGUCUGGACUGCGGACAUGAGCUGCACGACGUCUGUUUGGUAUCAUGGCUGACGGCGCAGGCAUUCUGUCCAACAUGCCAUGUCGUUCUCAGCUUCAGCCCGAGAGCCGCGACCAGUGCUCGGCGGACCGCAGCGCCGGCUUGA